GAAAUACCAGGUAGAGCUCAGUUAUUGUUUGUUAGGCAAGGCCAGUCAAUGAGACGAAGAACGUUUUGUGUUAUGUCAAAGUUAUUUACAACCGGCCCUCAGUGUUAAUAAGCUUGAUGCUUUUGACUUAGAGAAAUCAUUAAUUAUGUGUACUCAGUCUUUUUGUUGUUUUUUUAUAUUUCUUUCUACAAGAAAAACAUUUUACAUCUUCAAGUAGCAGCCAUGCUUUGAACAUUAAAAUGAACCAUUUCCCCAGAUUCCUUUUAAACUCCAGGAUGUAAGGCAACAACAUAAUGUGUGUCAACCUUUUCUGACUCUUCAACACUAAAGUUCGAGGGCAGAACAACGGAGCUGCCCAGUGAAUGUGUCUGCCACUAAAGAGWAUUAGACUGGGCCAGGACAGGCCUGAGGAUUACAGUAAUCCUUUUUAUAAGGGUUGGGGAUCAUGCAGCCGUCAGUCCAGCGCAGGUGAAGAAGAUGGAGGUCACUGCUUGUCGUGCUGCUGUGCUGUUCCUCCUGCUUCUAUGUCAGACCACAAUCACUGCUCAGUCCCAGGAGGAAGAGGAGGCUGUGCAGGAAGAGGAGCAGCUGCAGGGAGAAGACCAGCAGCUCAUCGAGACAUGGACUCGUAACGUCAAAGCCUGCACGUGUGACUGCGAAGCCGUCAGCUCGCCGACACGUACCUCUGCCUCUAUCCCACCCGUCUCCCCAACCACAUGGCUGCCACCUCAGGGUCACCCCAGCUGCAUGCCAGAAUGUCCGUACCACAGAGCUCUGGGUUUUGAAUCAGGCUCAGUGUCCUCAGACCAGAUCAGUGGUUCUAAUCAGGACCAGUACACAGGCUGGUACUCCUCCUGGACCCCUAAGAAUGCUCGCCUCAACAAUCAAGGAUUUGGGUGUGCAUGGCUGUCCAAGUUCAACGACCAGCACCAGUGGAUCCAGAUCGACCUGAAGGAGGAGAGCGUGGUGUCUGGCAUUCUCUCCCAGGGCCGCUGUGAUGCUGACGAGUGGAUCACCAAAUACAGCAUCCAGUACCGCUCUGUGGAAACUCUCAACUGGGUCUAUUACAAAGACCAAACAGGAAACAACAGGGUUUUCUACGGGAACUCUGACCGCUCCUCCACCGUACAGAACCUGCUGCGCCCGCCCAUCGUAGCUCGUUACAUCCGCCUGCUGCCGCUGGGCUGGCACACCCGCAUCGCCAUCAGGAUGGAGCUGCUGAUGUGCUUGAAAAAGUGCACUUGAAGUGAACUUGACCUGCUUUUUCCUCGUCCUCUAACCGACCAACUCACCAAGAACCGGAGAGCUUUGUUCCAAACAUCCAUUAUCUGAUUUAUGAGCUUCAUCAUCUGUCUGUGGUGAAGUUUGGAGAAAAACUAUAGGUUAAAGAAGCAUUGUCACUCUCAAUAAAGCUAAAGGAGUAAAAACAAACCAAAAAUGUAUUUGUCCACAAUCUUUCUUUGAAAUGAUGGCGGGCCGAAUCGGACAUAAUAAAAAAUAAAUCAGAAAUAUAUAAAUGGACCACUAAAUA